UGAAAUUGAAAAGUCAAAAUUAUGAUGUCAUUCUAGCAUUUUGCAUUUAAAAUGCAGCGGAUCGGCUAAUAAAAUUCUGUUUUGAAACAGUGAAUCGAUCUUUUUCAAUAGUUCUAUUGACGCAGAUUUGAAUUUAUUAAUUUCAGAUAUUCACCUAAAUUUUCUGAAAUAAAUCUGUUACAGUGAAAUAAUGAUCUUUAAAAACCCGCCGAAAUUAAAGUUAUAACUGAUUUUGUGUAGAAAAAACGUGUUUUAAUCUUGAUUAACUCUGUUUAGAAAUACAUGUUUCAAAAUGUUAUUUAAAAGUCAGUAUGUGGUUUUAAUAUUUGUGAUAUGUCUAUUGCAAUGUGCCUUGUCGGAGUUAAUCACAUUAUCCAUACUUGGAUCAGCUGCUGUAGCUGGCUGGUUUAGUUGGAAUACACUUAAAGAAAACACAUAUUGUCGGUACGCGGAAUGUUGUACAGAUCAGCACGUGCCUUUUGAUAUAAACAAAUUAAAAUUAUCUCUAUCACAAAGAAUGUUUGGGCAGCCAUUAGUUGAUGAACUAGUGAACAUAUUGCAUGCACACAAAGAGGCUGUACAUGAUGAAAACAAAAGAAAUAAAAAGGCUUUGGUAAUAAGCCUUCAUGGCUGGCCGGGUGUGGGUAAAAACUAUGCAGCUACUAUGAUUGCCGAGGCACUUUACACUAAAGGCAUGCACAGUAAAUAUGUAAAGUUGUUUAUGGGCAAAAAAGAUUUUGACUGCUCUAACUUACAAAAGAAAAAAGAAGACUUGGUAGCAACUCUGAAUAGUAUUGUAAGAAAAUGUCCAAGGUCACUCAUAAUAUUCGAUGAAAUCCACGAUAUGUGCCCUUCCGUGUUAGAUACCAUCAAACCGAUGCUUGAUCAUCAUCAUGCUGUAGACGGUAUUGAUUAUAGGGAUAGCAUUUUUAUAUUUAUAUCCAAUAUUGGAGGUCAAGAAAUAGCAACAAAGUUGCUAGACCUGUAUGCUCAAGGAGCAAAGAGAGGUGAUGUUGAAUUUCAUGAUUUUGAACCAAUCAUAAGGAGGACUGCAUAUUUUCAAGGUGGAUUUGAAAAGGCAGCUGCAAUAGCAAAUCAUCUGAUUGACCAUUAUGUGCCAUUUUUACCAUUGGAGCAACACCAUGUAGAGAUGUGUGCUCUGGCCGAGUUUCGGUCACACUCUGUAUAUCACCCAACUAAGGAAAUGAUGGCGGAAGCUUUAUCUGUCAUAACAUAUGGCCCGAAUGAAGACCAGCCAAUAUUUGCUAACAAUGGAUGCAAGCGAUUUACAAGACACAUUCCUUAUGUAAUUCAAAAGAAUAAGCAGAAGCUUGAAUUAUAACUAAUGUCCAGUUUAAGGGUAAUCUUGUGAUAUUUUUUAUGUUUGUUGAGUUAUUAAUAUUUAUUUAGCUUUAAACCUUCUUUGUACAAAAUAGUUGUUAAUUUUGUAAGAUGAAAUAAUGCGCAUUUCAAAGAAUGUUUGAUUUGCAGAAUUUAUUAUUAUCAUGAAACAAAGUUCAUUUCAU